GGCUUCCUCUCGCGGCUACAUGGAAGUAUUACAACUCAUGGAUAAUAAUCCACAUCUUCUCGCGUCAGUUAGUUCAGUGUUUUACAUUUAUAUUGAUUUAAACUAACAAAAUAACCUGUCGGAGGCGUUUACGAGGAUCAGUAAUGGAUAUAUAAUGUAAAAUGACAGCUUCUACUUUCUUCAAACGGGAGGAAACUUUCUGGAUGGCACUCUCCUUCACUCCCCAAAUAUUUCCGUAGUCCCUCCUCUUCUCCCAACGCAGUCUCCUCCAAAGGGUUUGUUUCUCGGACCAUGGCGCUACUCUCUGUUCAUUUCACUGUAUACGUGGCGUUUCAUUUUGUCAUCCUAGCACUGCUAAAUGUUACCUCAGGAACCCCGAGUGGAGGCAGCACCAAUGUUUUGGCUCUGCUGCAGCCGUAUGAUCUGUUGUAUUACAGUGGAGUACGCUCAUACUUUGGUGGGGAGUGGGCGAAGGCUGCAGAGCUGCUGGAGAAAGCCAUCGUGACCAAGGAAUCACUGCUCACAGUCCGCAGACAGUGUCAUGAUGAGUGUGUGGCAGCAGGGAAAGAGGCAUUCAGUAAACUGGACUCUGAGGAGGGGAGCCUGUGGGAUCUCUGGACCUUGGAUUGGGUGCAGCAGAAAGCUGAAUGUUUUAAGUUCUGUAUGGGACGCUCUGUCACACCUGUAGGGCAGCUCCCUGUUUCCUCUGACAUAGAAUAUGAAUUCAGCACUCGCAACCCGUACAACUUCCUGCAGGUCACAUACUACAAGUUGGAAAAGUUGCAGAAGGCAGCAUCAGCAGCUCAUACCUACUUUGUGGCCAACCCCAGUCACCUAGAGAUGAGGAACAACAUUGAGAAGUACAGACGAAUGAAAGGAGUGACCGAGGACGCCUUCCAUGACAGAGAAGUUGGAAAUGAGAAACACUGGGUCCUGUAUGAUACUGCACUUCAGUAUGAGGCCUCCACUGACUGGGUGCAAGCAACACAGAACUGGAAAGCAUGUGUGAAUGAAACACUGCGUCAGACAGACGAGUGCAGGGUGCAGUGUGAGGUGGCCGCCCAACGGCUGCCAGAGGACAGGGGUGUGGACAGCGUUGAUGGCGUUUUUGAGAAGGCUGCAGCACUUUCCCUCUCGCUGCUCUCGUGCCGGCAGUCCUGUGUGACUCAGGUGGCCACAAGACCAGGAAGGAUUUCUGCUCAGGAGGACUUCCUGCCCACACAGCUGGAGCAUCUGCACAUUGCACAGUUUAAAGCUGGUGAUAUCAGUGGAGCAGUGCAGACACUUCGCUCUCUUCUCCUGUUUUACCCCUCUGACAAGGACUCCUUAGAGAACCUGCAGCUCUACUUUGAGACACUAGGUGGAGACACAGAGUCACAUGGCAUACAGCCUGCUCAGGAGAUUGUCAGAUACAUUAGUCACGCUGUGGAGGAGAAGAAGCUUCUGUAUUUUGGUGUGGAGAACCUUGACUUCACUUUCACUGACCCAGAUCUUUGGACUCCAGAAGAUAUUGUACCUGAAUCACUGAGAGAUAAAUGGAGAGCUGAAAAGGAGAAAAUAAAUGAGAAAAUGAAAGAGGGAGAGCAGACGGAGGAGGUGGACGACAGUGGAUUCUUUGCGGGUGGUCCAAUCCGUCAGGUGGGUGUGACCAUCACCAUGGAGGACCAGCUUCUGAACGGGACCAAUCGUGUAGUACUCGACGGAGUCAUGACUGAGAAGGAGUGUGGCAGAAUACUACAGUUAGCAAAAGCUGCAGCGACUGCUGGAGAUGGGUACCGUGGACGACGGUCUCCGCACACGCCUCAUGAGACAUUUGAGGGCCUGACUGUUCUCAAGGCUUUAAAGUUUGCUCAGGAUGGCAUGGUGAACCAAUCAGAUGCCCGGCUGCUACAUGAGCUGGGCGAGAGAGUCAGAGACCUGCUGCACUCCUACUUCAGGAGCCCUUCGGGACUUUUCAUCUCUUUCACACACCUGGUCUGCCGCAGUGCUAUCACAGGUGACCAGGAGGGCAGGCUGGACCUGUCUCACCCUGUCCAUGUUGACAACUGUCUCCUUGAGCCAGAGACCAAUCAGUGCUGGAGGGAACCACCAGCGUUUGUGCACAGAGACCUCAGUGCCAUCCUCUACCUGAAUGACGACUUUGAUGGCGGCGAAUUGUUCUUCACUAAAAGGGAUGCCAAGACAGUGACAGCUCGAGUAAAACCCAGCUGCGGUCGACUGGUGGGCUUCUCCUCAGGUCCUGUGAAUCCACAUGGUGUUACUGCAGUGACCAGCGGCCGGAGGUGCGCGCUGGCCCUCUGGUUCACAAAGGAGAAGCUCUAUAGGGACAUGGAGCGAGAGGAGGCAGAGGCCCUGUGGGCUGCAGAUGGACAGAGUGUGGUGAAAAAGGACGCAGAGAAAAAAGAGGGCGGCGCCAACCCGGCCAGGAACGCUCGGAGCCAAGCACCGAAGGAGAGGAGCAAAGCAAGAGGCAGGGUGACAGGGGGCAAAGAUGAGCUGUGAGAGCCCUAACAAACCUGACAGACUGAAACAAAACAAACUGGAAUACAUUUUUAUCUGCGUUCACUCUAGUGGACCAGUUCUCCAACCCAAAACAGGAACUUUACACCAACCAUGAACACAUGAUUUUUUCAGUUUUUGGCCUCACGGUCACACUCUUCAUCUUGCUGCCUUUUUAUGUAAAGCUGCUUGUUUGUAUAUACUGUAUUUAAACUGUAUAUGGGGAAAUAUGGUCCUUUCCUCUCUCUAAUGCAGCUCUACAGACCUCCCUUUAAAGAUGAAGAGAAUAAAAGAAGAAAUAAAUGUGACUCUACCAAUGUUGCAUGAGCACCAUACCACAUAAAAGCACAGAGAGGACAGAAAGGUUCAAGCAAGGCUGUAUAAACUACUAAAUGAUUACCUAUUCCUGUCUGUUAAGAGUAGAAGCAUGUGAUAAGAUGCGCAAUUAGACAGAAACACAGCAGUAGGAAACUAUAAAAGUAGUUACAUUAGUGCAGAAACUACAGUUUGAGGCAGUAAGAGGGAGAAAAGGGAACAGAGAGAGGGAGGGAGAGGUGCACACGGAAAAAAAGGAUAGAAAUAGAGAGAUUACCGUUAAUCCCUCAUAAAUGAGUGCAUUUGUUUAUGAAGCUUAAAAAAUCUCCCAUUUAGAAUAUGGAAUAGUAAUCCAACAAGAGAUCAUUUAAUCAUUCACGUCCAGCGGAGUGACACUCGGCCACCCACUUCCAUCUUAUCCCUCCCAUUACAACCAGUGCCUCCUUAUCAGCCCCCUCCUCCACUUUCGUCCAGUGCAUUAGGUACCGAAUCAAGCACUGUUUACGGCCCAUAUUAACACUCUCACUCCCCCCUGUGUCAUAAUCCCCUGCUGCUGCAGAAUUGGGUCGGCAGGCCCGUUUAAUGGAGCCUUGGUUUUAACCUUUUCCCUCCCUCACGCGCUGAAACCAUGCAGCACCCUAAAAGUCUGUUUUAAUCUCCUCUAAAGUAGGUGUUAUGUCUAUAUAAUGCAUCCUAGAUAUCCUCACACUAAGCACCCUGGCUGUCUACUGCUCUAAUUACACACUUGGCAGGAGAGCAUGAAAUUUACAGCUGUAUGAUGUCAUAUUUCCAUAUUGUACGUGAUUAGUAGAAAUUAUGUAAGGCCUGGCAACGUAGUUAUAAAACUGAAAUCACAGCAUCCUGUUGUCAUUAUAACUGAGUGCUGCUGCGCGUAGUGAGUGGUUGACAUGAUUGCUCAUCCGUUAUGUUGCAUUUCACGUAUUAACUGCUCCACUAUUUGUGGCCCAAACAAGUCAUUAAGAGUCUGCUCUUCCUGUGUGAUGCUACAUUUUUAGGUGUAAUCAUAACAUGAGACUCAAUGGGAGGAUUAAAAUUCAUGAAUAGUUGUUUGUGACUGACCGAUAUGGCGUUUAAUCCUGUCACCUCUCCCCUCCUCACUCCACUCACUUACACCCCAUCUAUUCAGAGCAAGGUUAAAGGGACAAUUCACCCCACAAGCUUACUUGUAGUGCUGUUUAUCAAUCUAGAUUGUUUUGGUGUGCGUUGCCGAGUAUUGGAGAUGUCAGCCGUAGAGAUGUCGGCCUUCUCUCAAAUAUGAUGGAACUAGAUGGCACUCAGCUUGUGGGGCUCAAAGCGCCAAAAUAAAAUACAAUUGAAAAACUC